AAGACAACAUCUUGAUACUGUAUUACCAAAGUAAAAAGGAUGAAACUUGAUGCCGUCUUCUUCUCCAAAUCCCCACCUUUUAAACCCUAGGAAAGCUUCCCGGGGUUUUAAGGGACUUCUCUGCACAUUCCCAUUGGAGCAUCAAACCAGAUAUGCGCAGAAGAGGGCUCCAACACCUGCUUCGUCCGUCAUCUCCCGUUGCUCUUUCGACUCUCGAGCCUGAGAAGAAGCUGGUCGCUUUCCCUCCUUCACGUGCACUACCCUCGUCCCGCUUUCGCCCCUUUACCUCUCUUGAAUUCCCCAUACAGUGCUUGCUUGGCUCCCACAAUACCAGAUUCUUCUCCACCUCAUCGCCUGACGAUCUCGAAGGUCUGAUUCAUCCGGACGACCCGGUUUUGGCCGGAGCUUCGCGGGUUGAGGCCUUUUCAGGUGCAGAGUUUGAGUUCCUGCGCGAAUCAUUGUCGGGUUCGGGGUAUGGGGGAGAGUCCUCUGCGCACAAUCUUGGUCAACAUACCUGUGAAGACGAUGCUGUUUUAGUUGCACAUGCCGUUGAAAGUUGCAAGGAUGGAUUUGGUGACGAAACUCAGAAGCCUCUCAGGCAGUUUAGAGAGAAAUUAAAUCCAUAUCUGGUGAUAAAGGUUUUGAAGAUUGUCAAAAACCCCGAAUUGGCUGUUAAGUUCUUUAUGUGGGCGGGUAGACAAAUUGGAUACACUCAUCCGGUGGUUGUGUAUAAUGCAUUACUGGAAAGACUCGGUUGCAAUGAUAGUGAGAGAAUACCCGACUCGUUUUGGAGAGAUAUAGGGGUCGAAGAUAUGGAAAUCCUCGGAAAGUUGCUUAAUGUUUUGAUUCAAAGAUGUUGUCGAAAUGGAUUGUGGAACUUAGCGCUGGAAGAAUUAGGGAGGCUUAAGGACUUUGGGUACAGACCAACUCAAUCGACGUAUAACGCUUUGGUUCAAGUUUUUCUUAAAGCUGAUAGGUUAGAUACAGCUUAUUUAGUUCACAGGGAAAUGUCGGACUCAGGGUUUCGUAUGGAUGGCCAUACCUUAGGUUGUUUUGCAUAUUCCCUCUGCAAGUCAGGGAAGUGGAGGGAAGCCCUCGUGUUGGUUGAGAAUGAAGAAUUCCUUCCUAACACUGUGCUUUACACAAAAAUGAUAGCUGGUUUAUGUGAGGCUUCGCUUUUUGACGAAGCUAUGGUGUUCUUGGAUAGGAUGCGCUCUAGUUCUUGCGUUCCUAAUGUUGUGACAUACAAUGUUUUGCUUUCUGGGUGUUUGAGGAAAAGACAGUUAGGCAGGUGCAAGAGGAUUAUCAGUAUGAUGAUUCCCGAGGGUUGUUAUCCAGGUCACCAAAUAUUUGUUUCUCUCGUUCAUGCCUUUUGUAAUUCGAGGGACUACUCUUAUGCAUAUAAGUUGUUGAAAAAAAUGGUUAAAUGUGGGUAUCGUCCUGGUUAUGUGGUCUACAACGUAUUGCUUGGUGGAUUAUGUGGUAAUGAGGAAUUCCCUGGCUCAGAUGUACUAGAAUUAGCUGAGCAUACUUAUAAUGAAAUGCUGGAUGCUGGGGUCGUAUUGAACAAAGUAAAUGUGGCUAACUUUACUCGUUGUCUAUGUGGGGCUGGAAAAUUUGAGAAAGCACAUGGCAUCAUUCGCGAGAUGAUGAGUAAAGGAUUUAUACCUGAUUGUAGCACAUACUCCAAAGUGAUCAGUUUCUUGUGCGAUGCAUCCAAGGUUGAUAAAGCGUUUACACUGUUCGAAGAGAUGAAGAGUAAUGGUGUUGUUCCCGAUGUCUAUACAUACACAAUUCUGAUUGACAAUUUUUGUAAGGCUGGACUGAUUGAGCAGGCAUGUCACUGGUUCGACGAGAUGGUGAGAGAUGGCUGUGCGCCUAAUGUCGUGACUUACACCGCUCUCAUCCAUGCUCAUCUCAAGGCAAAGAAGCUUUCUCCUGCAAAUCAACUCUUUGAGUCCAUGUUAUCUGAAGGUUGCCCUCCUAAUGUGGUUACAUAUACUGCUUUAAUUGAUGGUCAUUGUAAAGCUGGAGAAAUUGAAAAGGCAUGCCGAAUAUAUUUGAAAAUGAGGGGAAAUCCAAGUCUCGCCGAUAUCAAUAUGUAUUUUAGAGUCAGUGAAAAUGAAUUGGCAGAACCAAAUGUUUUCACUUAUGGGGCUUUAAUUGAUGGAUUAUGCAAGGCUCACAAGGUCAGAGAAGCUCGUGAAUUAUUAGAUGCCAUGACAGUGGCAGGCUGUGAACCAAACCAAAUUGUCUACGAUGCUCUCAUAGAUGGAUUCUGUAAGGUUGGAAAACUUGAUGAAGCGCAAGAGGUUUUUGCUAAGAUGUCGGAGUCUGGUUAUAGUCCCAAUGUGUAUACAUACAGUUCUUUGCUUGACAGAUUGUUUAAGGAUAAAAGGCUCGAUCUUGCUUUAAAAGUUUUAACCAAAAUGCUAGAGAACUCUUGCGUUCCUAAUGUCGUCACCUACACAGAGAUGAUUGAUGGCCUAUGUAAAGUGGGAAAGAAUGAUGAGGCAUAUAGACUUCUGGUGAUGAUGGAGGAAAAGGGUUGUCAUCCUAACGUUGUGACAUAUACAGCAAUUAUAGAUGGUAAUGGUAAAGCGGGCAACAUCAACAAAUGCUUUGAGCUUUUUGAACAGAUGCGUUCUAAGGGUUGUGCUCCAAAUUUUGUGACUUAUGGGGUUUUAAUAAACCAUUGUUGUGCUGCCGGCCUUCUUGAUGAUGCUUAUAAACUUUUGGAUGAGAUGAAACUAACAUAUUGGCCUAUGCAUGUAGCUGGGUACCGUAAAGUCAUUGAAGGUUUUAAUCGUGACUUUAUAGUUUCUCUUGGGCUUUUAGAUGAAAUGGGCGCUGGUAAUUCGGUGCCUCUUGUUCCGGUCUACAAUGUUUUGAUAGAUAAUUUUGUCAAGGCUGGACGAUUGGAGGUAGCUUUGGAUCUACAUGAAGAGAUUAGAUCAUCUUUAAUUAGUUUAGCCGGCUACAAAACAGUCUAUGCUUCACUUAUUGAGAGUCUCUCUCUUGCCGGUAAGGUUGAUAAGGCCUUUGAGCUGUAUGCAGACUUGAUAAAGCAGGGUGAUAUUCCAAAGUUAAGCACAUUUAUACACCUCAUAAGAGGCCUUGUCAAAGUCAAUAAAUGGGAUGAAGUUCUGCAGCUUUCAGACAGUUUAUGCCGGAUGCAUGUUGUGUGGGUCAAAGAUGAAGAAACAGCUGUAAAAGGUUGACGUCACCUACUUUUCUACGGUUUUCUGUUGAACCUACUGGCUCCAGCCUUGUGUGGAAACCCCAGAUUUCUGUGGUGUUGGACUGCUGAUGAUAUUAUAACCAGGAAAAAGGGUCAUGGGUGCAAACCACAAAGCGACUCGAUGGAAAAGAAAGGCAUACACGGUUAGAUCGGUGUCUUUUAUCGAGAUCGCUGUGCGUACGUAGUCUGCUUAAUUUAUUCUAAUCCUUAUGGUUGGCUUUAUAUCUUUGAGUUUGUUCAAUGCUUCCAGUUUCAGUGUCUGGAUAGAAUAUAGUGGUGCCAGGAGUGAAUAGUGAUUUGCUGAUGGAGUGAAAAUUCAACAUUCCGGCAGUAUCAGACUACAUUAUGCUCUCUCCAGUUACCAUCCUAUGCUGACCUCUUUGUUUUCUUUUCUCGUUGCGUAUCCGGCAUCUUAGAUACUUAUUUUAUGCAGCUUGCUUAUGCAGCAGUAUCUACAGUCUUGCCACUGCUGCAGCAUCCAACCGUGACAAUGUGCAGGUAUAUCCUAGCUCACUUUGUGUUGCUUUUGGAAUCUGGAAGAUUGCUUGCAUAUAUAGCACUCUGCGUUCUGCCAGUUGGACCAUUCCCCUAUAAAAGACUGCUUUUAUUGUUUUAUUUGUUGUCUCCUCCUUUUCAGGCUUGGUUUGGGUGACUUGUCGCCGAAGUGAAAUCAAAGAAUUGCCCAAGUUUGCUAGCAAGUAAUAGCAACAGGUUGGGAUGUGGUGCAGGAAGUGCCCAGAUCAUCAGACUGGGCUGGCUCAGAUCUACUCCCUCCCUCUACUGAGACAUGGAUCCGUAGCAUGGUGAGAAGGGCCCUUGGACACAGCGCUUACUUUUGGGAAGUUUCUUCAAUGCCAUGAGAGGGAGCUCUGCCUGGUCGCCUCCACAGGGAAUGAACAUUAAGAAUUAGUAGGAAACUUUCCAGACGGCCAUUUGGUUGAAGAUGUUUCUGGGGUUAAGGCCAUUGUGCAGCUGAGCAAGCUAUCAUCGCUGAGAAAAUCGCAGGGAAGAGGACGUUUCUGUGGCGCCAAGGCUAAGAGCUUCUGUGCUAGGUGACCUUGCAAGAACUGUCCCUGCUUCCUUUCUUGCUUUAAUCCUAGUCUUUUGGUGUCUAUCCAGUCGUAUGGAGGG